AUAUAUAUAUAUAUAUAUAUGUAAGCAUUUUCAGGUAUUUGCUGCAUUCUAAGGUUAAAAGCUUGAGAAAUGAUGGACCGGGUUAGCUUUUAGCUUUGUUGAUGUCUGUUGUACUGAAUCGUUCAGGGAAUGAAUGAGCGCCUGAGAAUAAGUAAGCGGUAAUUCUGCUUGACAUAUUGUAAAACGCAUUUAUCCACGGCUUAAUAAACGCCAUAUAACAAUGGCUACCGGUGCUGAUGUUCGGGAUAUUUUGGAACUUGGCGGAGCUGAAAACGAUGGUCCCAUCAGUAAGAAAGAUCUCAUCAACUCGGACAAGAAAAAGUCCAAGAAAGCUACGGAGACGUUAACCUUCAAAAGACCAGAAGGAAUGCACAGAGAAGUUUAUGCUCUGCUUUAUUCAGAUAAGAAAGAUGCACCCCCUCUGCUGCCUAGUGACACCACUCAAGGUUAUAGGACUGUAAAAGCCAAACUUGGAUGUAAAAAGGUUCGUCCCUGGAAGUGGAUGCCUUUCACCAAUCCUGCUCGCAAAGACGGAGCUAUAUUCCACCACUGGAGACGGAUGGCUGAGGAGGGAAAGGACUACCCUUUUGCUCGUUUUAACAAGACAGUGCAAGUGCCAGUAUAUUCAGAGCAAGAAUAUCAAAUGCAUCUUCACGACGAUGGCUGGACUAAAGGAGAGACGGACCACCUCUUUGACCUCUGCAAACGUUUCGACCUGCGCUUCGUUGUUAUCCACGAUCGCUAUGACUACCAGCAAUACAGAAAACGCUCCAUAGAGGACCUGAAAGAACGAUACUAUAGCAUUUGUGGUAAGCUGACCAAGGUCCGUGCAGCAUCAGGGACUGAGCCAAAGAUCUAUAUCUUUGAUGCUGGCCAUGAACGGCGCCGCAAGGAGCAACUAGAGAAGCUAUUUAAUCGCACACCUGAGCAGGUGGCAGAGGAGGAGUAUCUUAUUCAGGAGCUGAGGAAGAUUGAGAAUAGGAAGAAGGAGCGGGAAAAGAAAGCCCAGGAUCUGCAGAAGCUCAUUAAGGCAGCCGACACCACGGCAGAGCUGAGGCGAGCGGAAAAGAGAGUUUCCAAGAAGAAGCUCCCUCAGAAAAGAGAUACAGAAAAACCAGCUGUUCCAGAGACAGCUGGCAUCAAGUUCCCCGACUUCAAGUCAGCAGGCGUCACUCUGCGCAGUCAGAGGAUGAAACUGCCAAGCUCUGUUGGCCAGAAGAAGAUCAAGGCCAUUGAGCAGAUCCUGGCAGAGCAGGGAGUGGAUCUCAACCCAAUGCCCACAGAGGAGAUUGUGCAGAUGUUCAAUGAGCUUCGCAGUGACCUGGUGCUCCUGUAUGAACUGAAGCAGGCCCACAGCAACUGCGAAUAUGAACAACAGAUGCUACGACAUCGUUAUGAGGCCCUGCUCAAAGCUGGCAGUGGGACUGGAAGUGGAGGUACCACAGGAGGGGGAAGCGGAGGACUCUCUGGAGGCCCACAGGGUGCAGAUAUCAGUGCAGCAAACAUUACUGCAUCAUCCACUCCAGGGGCAGAAGCUCAGUCAUGGCCCAACAUAGAUGAUAUCAAGUUGGAAGCCAAGGAGCAGAUUAUUGAUGUUGUAGGAGCGCCACUCACCCCAAACUCGCGAAAACGGAGAGAAUCUGCUUCCAGCUCAUCUUCUGUUAAAAAGGCAAAGAAACCCUGAUGAGAGCUACAGCUCAUACUGUGUGGAGGACAAACGGCUGGGUUACGUAUCCUGAUGACCCAGUAGUGGCCGGACAAGAUGGACACAAACAAGGCGGCCGCCAUAUUACUGUCCAUUUACUUAGGCACACCUUCUACUCCACACACACAUGCACACAACCCCUCACCUACUAACGAGCCCUCUCCAAACGAUCCCCGUCUGGCCGUGACAAAGGCAAUGACUGAGUGACAUUUCAUUCCAUUACUCCUUGUCUCCCUGCCUCCUCUGCCGGUUGCCCGCAGAUGAGGCCAGAGCAACUGUAAAUUGCAAGGCUGAACUAAUCGGGGCAGGGCGAAGAAGGUGGGAAUAACUGGGUAAUUGAAAUGAAUUGGAAUGAAAGACCAGAGCGAGGGAGUGGGUGGACCUGGAUCCGCAAUGCUCAUUGGAGUCAUCAGGGGAGUUUUUUUUUUGUAGCCUAAUAAUACAAAGGUGUUUACUGGAAAUGUGUUUGUGUUAGCUUGUAGAGUUGGCUCCUCCUAGACUUGGAAGUGCUUUAUUCUCUCUGGCAGACCACCUUCAUUUGUCUGUUUUCAUGUUUAACUGUCAAUGUUCUUUUAUGACUACCCUGAAUAUAUUGCAGCUUAAAAAAGAAAACAAUAAAUGGCUUUUCUCUUUCUAA